AUGAUCGACCCAGCCGUCCUUCGGCGCCAGCAUGACGAGUUAUGCAAGGCCGAGAGCAGCAAGGAUGAAAUUAUUAAAAACCUUUUCGAGCAUAUUGAAGAUCUUGAGGAAAAGCUUCAGAUUGAAAAGAAUGAGGUCGAUUCUCAAAGGCGGGCGGUUAUUUCGCUCAGAGACGAGCGAAACGAAUUCAAAGCUCAGAUGGAGGACCUCGUUGAUGAGAAAGCUCCUGACGCAGCGAUACAGCGUGAUAUGCAUCUAUCCAGAGAGGCCACGACUCCUAACAGAUAUCAGUUCCAGGACCGGUUUAUCCAGGAUGGCAAAAAAGGUGGCCACGACGCUGCACAGGCUUUGAUUUACGCGGUACAGGAGCAUAUCAAAGAGAUUGACCCCAAGGCGAGUCCAAUUAUCAACUGCAAUAUCCGGGUCUAUUCGAAUGUGCAUGGCUUGACCAAGGUCUACCGCGAGACCGGCAUCAUCCGUUCUGACUCAGACUUAUCUGCUUUUAUUCGAGGUUUCAAUAUGGAAAACCCGCUGUGUGACUUUGUCGAUGCGGGUAAUGGGAAAGAAUGUGCUGAUGUCAAGAUAAAAGGUUUGUUCGCAGAAGAUAUCAACAACGUCCACUGUCGCCGCAUUAUCUUCUGCGCGUCCGCAGAUAGCGGCUACGCGCGUGUAUUAGGUCCCCAUCGUGGAUCGAGACGUAUCUCUAUCGUCAAGGGGCCUCCUUUCCCCCGCGAGAUGGCCGAGCUGGCUGCGAGCUUCGAGACCGUGACAUUCUCAGACGUAUUCAAAUCGUCCAAGUUGUUACUCCCAGUCAGGAAAUUAUCGUCCCAAGACAUCACUAGCCCAGCGAUAGCGUCCGCCAACAUGCCCGCCAUAGUGCAUAAUCAUAACUCCAUCCCCAACUACGCCUCGGCAGCGAAGGCCGCUGCGGCGGCUACAAUUGCACCAACGAAGGACAGCAAGACUAAAUCAGAGUCUAAGCCUCGACUAUUAGUCUGUCUUAAUGCCCGCAACCAGCGCGUCGAUAGUGUCCUCAAAAAAUCGUCUAAAGAGGCCAUCACCGCACUCAAGCGACGCAAACUCUGCAACCAGUUCCAUAUCCUAGGAUACUGCCACAACAUGGCUACGUACGGCAGCUGCACGCACGAACACGGAACUGAGCUCAGCAUGCAGGAGCUCAAUGAUCUGAUGCGCGUUGCACGCUUGACUCCGUGCUUUAGUGGGCUUAUGUGCCGCGAUGUUAACUGUAUCUCUGGCCACCAAUUGAUUGUAAAUUCAAGGAUAUGCACAACGUGA